UUUUUUGAUAAGGCUGUUGCCUAACCUUCUUAAACAUGAAGCCUAAUUUCCUUUUCUUCUCUUUAUUUUAUGGGCGAAAGUCAGUAUUGUUAGAAUAGUUAGAUUAACACCUUAGUGGAGGAGUUGAACUCACGACCGCCUUUCUCCAAACACUUAAGCGCACCCUAAUGCCGUUAGGCCCAAGGCCUCUUGGCGAAGCCUGAUUUCCUUAGUCACUUUUCAUGAAUUUCUUCUAAUUCACAUGACAGGAAGAUUGGUUGAUUCCAUUGUUAAAGGGGUUACGUAUAUAUACAAAAAAUCGCAUUAUACACAACUUCUUACAAAUUCCCAAGAAGGGUGCUUUAGAAUAAUUUGGUUCUUUGAUAUUACAGGCAUUUGAGUUACUUUCAGUACUUCUGCUUCUGGUUUUGUUGAGUUCGCUCAGUGUUGAUGGUCGGAAAGCUCAGGUGCACCACUACUUCGAGUACUCAGCUAUGAGUUGCAGAGCUCACAGUGCAUCAUUGACGGAUUUUGGUGGUGUUGGGGAUGGAACAACACUGAAUACAGAGGCUUUCAGGGCGGCGAUAACCCAUCUGAGCCAGUUUGAAUCCGACGGUGGCUCGCAACUCUUUGUGCCUCCUGGAAAUUGGUUGACAGGAAGCUUCAAUCUCACCAGUCAUUUCACUCUCUAUCUUGAUAAGGAUGCUGUUCUUCUUGCUUCACAGGACGUGGACGAUUGGGCUGUGAUUGAUCCCCUACCCUCCUAUGGCCGAGGAAGGGACACUGCCGGUGGAAGAUACAUCAGUCUUAUCUUUGGAACCAACCUCACUGAUGUUAUUAUAACAGGGGAGAAUGGCACCAUUGAUGGCCAAGGUGCUCUCUGGUGGGACAAGUUCCAUAAGGGAGAGCUACAAUACACCCGGCCUUACCUGAUUGAGAUCAUGUACUCGGAUAACAUUCAAAUUUCCAAUCUUACUUUGGUUAAUUCGCCAUCAUGGAAUGUUCAUCCAGUUUAUAGCAGCAAUGUCAUUGUUCAAGGACUUACAAUUCUUGCACCAGUCACUUCUCCAAACACUGAUGGUAUCAAUCCAGACUCGUGCUUAAAUACCCGAAUUGAAGACUGUUACAUUGUAUCCGGAGAUGAUUGUGUAGCUGUAAAGAGUGGCUGGGAUGAGUACGGAAUAGCUUUCGGUAUGCCAACGAAACAACUCGUAAUCAAACGGCUCACGUGCAUUUCCCCAUUUAGUGCAGUGAUUGCACUAGGAAGCGAAAUGUCGGGUGGGAUCCAGGAUGUAAGGGCCGAAGACAUCCUAGCCAUCAAGUCAGAAUCAGGAGUAAGGAUCAAAACUGCAGUCGGAAGAGGAGGGUACGUGAAGGACAUAUACGUGAGAGGAAUGACUAUGAAAACCAUGAAAUGGGCUUUUUGGAUGACUGGAGAUUAUGGGUCCCAUCCCGAUAAUAACUACGAUCCCAAUGCAAUUCCUGUUAUAGAGAAUAUCAAUUACCGCGAUAUGGUUGCUGAGAAUGUGACAAUGGCUGCUAGGUUGCAGGGAAUAUCCGGUGAUCCAUUCACAGGAAUUUGUAUAUCUAAUGUGACCAUUGAGAUUUCUAAGACGUCGAAGAAAAUUCCGUGGAAUUGUUCUGAUGUUUCUGGGAUUACUAGUGGUGUCGUUCCUAAGCCAUGUGACCUCUUGCCUGACCAAGGACAGUUUGCAGAAUGUAAUUUUCCGACGGAAUGUCUGCCGAUAGAGAAUGUAGAAGUUCAGACUUGUUCCUACAGAAGUAAAUAUUUAUGAGGCAUGGCUAUGUCCUUAAUUGUUUGCUUUGUUUGGAAACCUGUUUCCUCUAGAGCAAUGAUAAAAUCGAUACUACUACUUCGAUAAA